AUGAAGUACACAGCUUCACCUAUUCUCUCGCUUCCGCAUGAGGUGGCCGAGAUAAUAGCUCUCUCAGUAGCCAAACAAGGCUUCCCGACUGCCAUCGCUUUCCUGGCGCAGACGUGCCGCUCGUUUCGGAAUCUCAUCUAUAGGCCUUCCGACACGCAUUUGUGGCGAGAGAUAUUUUUGACAACAUUUGACGAUCCGCGCAAACUGUACUUUGCUAGCAAGCGUGAGCACAUCCUACAAUCAUUGCCAAUAGUCUCUCAUCAGGGUGCAGCUGAGUUUGACUGGGGACUGGAGUUUCAACAGCGCAUUUUGGCAGAGAGCUAUUUCAAGCAUGCCAUACGUCCCGUCAACUUUACCGCUGAGUCAGUCCGUGUUCGUGUUCGCAGACACACGUCCGUCUGGUACCAGUCUGCCCCGCUGGAGCGCAGCGUGCAAGCGCUCUCCGCGCUGCUGGACGUUUGCGAGACAAUGGCGCCAUGUCAUCCGGAUUUUGGCCCUGUCAUGGUUGGAGAGGACAACGAUAGUACUAGUGGAAAAAUAAUCCUCUGGCGUCCCCUUGCGCAUAUCGACACACUCGGCAUGGCAUCUCGCGCCGCUCCGUUGUUCGCAAUGCAUACCGGUGGGCCAUCACUCAAUAUUCUCUGGCUGGAAUCCGUUCUAGAGCGUGGUCUUCCUUGGUCGCUUAUUGCUAGAUUGUGUGGCGAAGAGCGGGACCCAGAGUGGGACCAGACAUUAGAGGCCCAAUUGCUCGCGAAGUUGAUCACUUACACUGGAUUCAUCGACUUCAAGGCCGGAGGAGUUGACGAAGACAACGUGCCAAUUAGCAGGGACGAUCAGAGAACGUUUUCUCGCUAUCGUGCGCGGGAGGUGGUCUACAACAUGGUAUAUCUAGAUGCACGUAGGCAUUGGGGGCCUUAUCUGCUAGUUGAGCAAGACGACAAAUCUGUAUCUAUCGACACCAAGACCGGUCCUCACGGUUCAAAUGACUACCACUUCGAGGAUGAAGAAACCGAGGCCUCAGGAGAAUACACGCCUUUCGCCGGAACCCCCCAACUAAAUAUCACUGAUACCAACGAAGCGCCGUACGCGAGUCAAGCUGCCGCUGAUAUGUUGCAAUACAACAGUCCAGUGCCUACGCCAAAGCAACUAUCUCCUGAUUGGGCAUGGCUGGCUGCUGCACGCAUCGUGCUGCAGGCGAAUAUGGAAGACCCUCGCAUGGAUAGGCUCGACGAAUUCCUUUGCUUGGACAGGUGGCGAGAACAAGGAUGGACAAGGCCUGAUGAUAAUGUAAGAAAACUGAGCCCCGGGUGCGAAGUUGGGGCGGCAUGGGACUGGGCCGGCGUUGAAGGUGUCUGGAGGCGCUGCAUGUGCUGGAUCAACUAUUCCGAACUCAAUUAUUGUAAUAUGUACGGCGGUUUUGAUGAUCCUAUCCUCGAAGAACAUGUUAGUUAUUCGCCAAUGCGUCUGCGCAUCGUGCGUUUUGAUCCGCCUAUCGUGCCCGAGUACCCCCAUCGUCCGACCAUUGUCUUCGAGGGCGAAGCUGGCGGUGUGGAUUGGAUCGAGUACCAGGAUAGGUCUUGUGAUGAUGUGCGGAAUGUGCGGGGCACCGUCAGCAUGAUAGCCGGUGGAUACGUUCGCUGGCAACUGUCUGUGAUGUCGGCAGAAUUCCCAGACGAGGACGAGGUGAUGUCGGAAGCGGUGCAGCUCGGGGGCGUGGCCUCGGAGGCAGGAUUCAUCGGAAUGUGGAGUCCUGCUCGGCGUCUCGGUGGUGGCGAUACAUUAGGUUAG